AGGAACAACAAUUUUCUCCUGUAUUUACAGAAAAACAAACAACACUUGAAUACAACAGGCUCUACAAGCUCAAUUGUGCAAUCAUGGCUGCUGAGAAAGAUCGCUGGUCCUCCAAUGAAUACCAGAACGUGGCGUCGUUCGUGCCCAAGCUCGCUGGAAAGGUCGUCCAGUGGUUGGAUCUACAGAAGGACGAUGUCCUCAUUGACAUUGGCUGUGGUGAUGGAAUCUUGAAUGCCGAUUUUGCCAAGAUUUUGGCCCAAGGCAAUGGAUCGAUGCUUGGAAUUGAUAGUUCCGCUUCGAUGAUCGACUCAGCGCGCGAGCUGUGCAAAGACGCGAAGAACAGUACCUUUGAAACCCUCGAUGCUACCCAGCUCGUCAAUAACCCGGAACUUCAGAAGGGCACGUUCACAAAGGCCUUCUCCAACGCCGCCAUGCACUGGAUCCUACGGCCCGAGGCAACCCGUACCGACUUCUUCAAGGGCGUGUAUGCGUCCCUCGCCCCAGGCGGAACCUUUGCCUUCGAGAUGGGCGGCCAAUCCAACGUCUCCGAGAUGCGAGGGGCAGUGCUCAUGGCCGUGGCCCGUCGCAUCGGGAUGCCCGCUGCGUUGGCUGCGGACCCAUGGUUCUUCCCUGACGAGGUGUGGGUUACUGCACGGCUUGAAGAGGCAGGUUUCGUCGUCGAGAAGGCGGAACGUGAGUGGCGGCCGACGAAGGCGGAUAAGGGAGGCGUGGAGGGAUGGGUGAGACUCUUUGCGAAGCAGCUUUUGGAUGCGGUGCCGGAGGAGCAGAGGGAGGAGGCCAUCAAGGAGUGUGCUGAGGUGUUGAGAGUCGUCUGUCACUGCCCCGGCGGAGGAGAUGUGAUUUCAUACGUGAGACUGAGGGGAUUGGCCAGGAAGCCUCUAAUGGAAAGUAUGAUGCCUGCAUCUAUCACAGGUUGCUCUUGCUGUUGGUUUGCUACAAGUACGACUGCUCACUUAGGCAGAUGGAAACCUCGGAGUUGCGUGGCCUCCAAGUGUAGAUUAGUCAUCGGCUUCUGGACGCCCUUGGAAAUUUCUAGUCUGAUUCCCAGCCAGCUUGCAAGUAUGGCCGACCGCGAUGCGUUGGUUCUUUCUUAUGUGCACCUGGCAAACUUUCCCAGGGCCAGCGAUGCACUGCAUAUGUUGAGGAAGGUGUCCUCAAUGGUGAAGCCGAUAAUACGAGCUCGAAGCUGGAAGGUUGGAGAGCUGGCCGAGUUCUACCCCGAUCAAGCCAACCUGCUUGGCUUGAAUGUUGAUCGGGGAAGGAAGAUAUGCCUUCGCUUGAGGCACCCCGGAGAUCGGACUCAGUUUUUGCCCAUCGAGAGUGUCGUCGAUACUAUGCUUCACGAACUCGCCCAUAUCGUGCAAGGCCCCCACGACGCGAAAUUCCAUGCCCUCUGGGACCAACUUCGAGACGAGCAUCAAGGCCUACUCCUCAAGGGUUACACCGGCGAGGGCUUCCUCUCAGAAGGCCGGCGAUUGGGAGGUGCCCGGAUGCCACCACGCGAGGCCCGCCGGCUGGCCAGAGAAGCAGCCGAGAAGCGUCGGGUACAGCCCACUGGGACUGGGGGCGGCAAGAGGCUGGGAGGAGCGGCACCGCGACCAGGAGAAGAUAUCCGCAGGGUCAUCGCUGAUGCGGUGCAGAGACGGAACCAGACACUCAAGGGGUGCGCGACCGAUAAACUGAGCGACUCUCAAAUCCGGAGCAUCGCGGAUACGGCAACACGGAAUGGAUUUCGGACGCAAGCUGAGGAAGACGAAGCGAACGAGGCAGCCAUCGCACAUGCCCUAUGGGAACUGGUCCAAGAAGACGAGUCGGCCAAGUAUGGCAGCUCCUACAUCCCGCCUACAGCAGACAAUCCCACAGGUAACGGAGGCGGCUCAGUAAUGGCCAGAGAUGCAGGUCCAGGAAUUAGGACGACGCCAGUGGUUUAUGCAGAAGGUUCCAGGGGAGACCAUCGCACAGAACGCGGGCGUGAUGUUUCUACUGCAACGGGUGAGGCACAAGACUGGGCGUGCGAAACUUGUACGUUGCAGAAUCCCGCAAACUUUGUUGUGACGCGUGCGGGACGGAGCGAUCCGCGCAGGCGUCGCGGAAGUUGGGAGCUCGUCCAUCCAAACCAUCAGAGCCUCCGAGACAGCAAGCGACCAUCGACCUCACCCAGAGCCCUCCACGAAAACAACGACGAGUGGACUCACCCCGGACAGAGGCGCCCAAGCCGCCGCAGACAUGGCAGUGCAGUUUUUGCGGUACGGAGAUGGCUCGGCAGUGGUGGACAUGCUCGACGUGUGGAAAGAUGAAGGACAACUCGCGAUAGGUGGCUAGAGUGAUUUUGUCGUUUGUUAGCCAGUAGUUUGUGACGUCUCGAAACGAAUUCAUUGAUACCCGCCGACCUGGCGUGUCCAUGUCCAUGUCCAUGAGUGGGCGAUGACUUCAUCGCGCUCAAUAAUCUGUGUCAGCGGUGGUGAUGCUGCAAGUGGCUUGCGAAUUCGCCGCCCUGCGUCAUUGUGUCCCAGGAUUUUGGAAACCAUGGGCGGGCAAUUGACAUCGUGGGUCUGAGAUUUCCAAGCUUCGAUGAUGCUGUGAGCCAUGCGAGUUUGGGGAUGGCGCCGAUCAAAACUGGAGAUGAUCGGCAAGGCGGGUUCAGACACGAUCCGAGCUUGAAAGUGAUUGGGUCCCGAAAGGAGGGAGGGAGGCAGAACCGGGUACGAUGAGGCUGGGGCGUGAACGCCUGGGAUGGAAUGGAACGCUUGAAGCGGUAGUUGAGAACCAUUUCGAGGACAGAGAUGG